AUGGAUAUCAUGAACCCAAAUAGCACAGGAACGAGUGAAUUUUACGGAGAGAUUGAAGAAAUCGAAGACGAGGUAGAAAGCAGAUUCAAUCUUUUCAAGAACUUCGAUAUAAUCCCCAACCCUCCGGACGAUCAUCGGUUCAAGAAAGAUUCCAGUAGGGUUCUUUUGGAAUCCCCAUUAGGGCAAAAGAUUGAACAAGAAUGGAAUUUGUUGAAGAAAAAUCUCCCAAAUUCAAUUUUUGUUAGGGUUUAUGAAUCUAGGGUUGAUCUUAUGAGAAUUGCCAUGAUAGGUCCACCUCAUACUCCCUAUCACCAUGGCUUGUUCUUUUUUGACAUAUUUUUUCCUAGAAAUUAUCCAUCUUAUCCUCCAAAACUUUAUUAUCAUUCUUAUGGCCUUGAUCUGAACCCGAAUCUUCGUCACGGAGGAAAAGUUUGUUUAAGCAUGUUAGCGAGGAGGUAUGAACGUAUAAUACGGGAAUGGUAUGCAUGUUACCCACAAAAAUGGAAUAAACACUCUAGUAUUCUUCACGUGCUAUAUGCAAUUCAGGGUUUGUUCAUGUGUGCAAAACCAUACUCGACCGAAGAAUCCAACAAGAAAGCAUUUGAAUUAACUUGUGGGAUCGUGAUUCAGGUUUUGAGAGAACCUCCUAUGGAUUUUGAAGAUUUUGUUAAGGGAUACUUCAGAAAAAGAGCUCAUCCGAUCCUGUUGAAAUUCAGAAAAGAAUUUGAUGGUGAUAAGGAUCAGCUUAGGAUUAUUGAAUUGUUUACCAAUCUUUAUAGGGUUUUGGAGAAGAAUGGAACUUACUGUAUGCAUCAUCUUUGUUUCUUGAAAUCAAUAAAGGGGAACACAGAAGAAGAAAGCAUAAUCAUGGGCUACUUUAUGAAGACUGCAAAAGCGUUGAAAUACCAAGCUGACUCAUGA